UUUCCAGGUCAACUCUUUUUGGCAAUCCAGGUCAACCCUCUUCCUCCAUUUAUAAAUAUCUACCUAGCUUGCUCUCUUCCUUUGUGUGGGAGCUAGCUAGUGUAAUUGAAGUUGCAACUGCGAGAGCACAACCACUUCUAUACUAUUGAACAGACUUCAUCAAAUGGGAAGUGGGGAAACCGACUUAUACUUCGUGUUCAUGAACUACGACCCGGAGUACGAACGACUCCGAGCCAAGCGAACAAAGAAGGGAGGGUACGAGCUCGAUGCGUAUCUGAGCCGGAAGCACGACGAGUUGUUGGCUGCCACUCUCGAGCCGGGGACCUACAAGAAGACUGUCUCGCUGGUCAUCGUUGAUGCCUUUGCUGUGGAAAUCUCUGAGCAUCAGGCAAAUGUGCUUAGAUCUGAGGAGGGAGUGAGGAUCGUGGAGAAGAAUCAAGAAGUUGCUUAAUGGAGUGGGAGAUCUGAUCAGCUCCAGUUCUUGAAUAGUAUAUAUGCCAAUUUGUUGAUGAAAUAAAGGCAGAUUAAUAUAUAUAUAUAUAUAUAUAUAUAUUAUGUGUUGAGUGCUAAACUCUAAUGUUCAAGAGUAGAUUGAUCUCUGCUUUUUGGUUGCUUGAUGCCGUUGUUUGGAGCUAAGCUCGAAAAUCUGCAUUUGACAAGAUAUAUAUACAGCAGAUAAUCUCGUUAAGUACUAAA